UCCAGCAAUCGAGGAGCGAUUGACGGUGCCGGCCCGGCGUUAUUACGGUUGCGACGCGGCGCGUCACGACGCGUCACGUCGCGACACAGCGUGGCGCGGCUUGGCGCGGCUUGGCUUGGCGUGGGUUCGACUCUGCAGUUUAACGCAUACGGAGCGUAUACACCGCGUAUAUACGGCAUCCCGACCGAAAGGACCGACGAGUCGGCGAGGGGAGAAGUAUAGGGGAGCUCGCGGCUCGAUUUGCGCGGAGUAGAAUUAUGAGCGAGCGACGUUUCCUAGCGUGCGUCGGUUGCCGUUGUCGUCCGUGUUAUCACUGUCAUCGUCAUCGUGGUUAUCGUCCUGCGAUCACCGGCUGCUUCAAGACCGCGAUCCAAGACUUUUGACACGAGUGCAUCGACCGCGCGAAUCACCGUCGUCGCCGUCGUCGGAGACGACGCUAAACCGCGCAGCUGAACGUGAUCGUGAUCGGAGAGGACUAUUUCCAAGCCGGAGCAAAAAAUGAACGGCUUUAGCACCGGUGAGGAGGAUUCGCGGGGCGCGGCGGAUCUGAUCUGCUGCCUCCUCGACGAGAAUAAGCGAUGCUCGCGUCCGGCCGGCAACGCAUCCUACAGCAAGCGUAUACAGAAGACCGUCACUCAACGGCGGCUGAAACUCAACUUGGAUCACAUGGCACGACACAUAUAUAUCUGUGAUUAUCACAAAGAAGUGAUCCAAUGCGCAAGAACCAAACAGCAGCAGCAACGAAGGCGCAAGGAUUCCGAAGAUGAUUCGGGCGAAACUGACAACGACGUCCCAGAAGUCGAUCUCUUCCAACUGCAAAUGGGUACUCUGAGGCGGUACAAAAGGCACUACAAGGUUGCUACCCGGCAAAAUCUUAACAAGACUCUGUUAGCGGAAACUCUCACGAAGCAUUUCAAGACCAUCCCUGUCGUGGAGAAGGAAGCUCUAAGCUUUUUCAUAUAUACAGUUAAAACCAAUGCGAAUAAGUUAGACCAAAAGAACGGUUUAAGUAGCAGUGACACGACGUAA